AUGGACAUGUUCUACUUCGCUGAGGAGGACGAAGACCUCCACAGCAACCACGACAACAACAAUAAUGACAACGGUGGUGUCCAUCUGCCGGAGUCAAAUCAAUCGUCUCAUUCGACCAAAUCUGACCCGCCUCACCAUUCACAAGGCGACGACAAUGUGAUUUUCGUCACUCGUCCGGCAUCACAGCAGUCAACAUCGACGGUCGAUGUGUUGUUGUCUCCCAUCGACGAAGAGCCCAACGACCGCCCCGAAGACAACACAGAAGGCUACGAACCCAUCCCUCGAGAGCCUGUCAACAAAGUCCAAAACAAGACAUCCGCUAACGCCGAGCUCCCCUUCGUCGCCAUCGAGCAAUACGUCCUCGGUUUCAACGACAUGAUGAGCGGCGCAGUCUCCCCCCUGGACCAGGUCAGCACCGACGUCGACCAAGACGACAACAUUGUCUGCGCCGACGAAUUCGUGCGCCAGCGAAUGCCCUACAAGGUGCUGCGACGGGACGAGCUCUUUCACGAGGGCCUCCCGUUCGUUAACGACCAUUUGUUGUGGGAGUUGCCGGAGGAGUUCAUGACUACGUACCGCGGCCUCGAUCGCGCCGUAGAGGAAUUCUACCAGUUCGACGAGGAGGCCUUUGCGAGCGACAUGGAAGCCGACGUGGCAUUGUUGGGCAUGAUCAUCAAGAGAGGCGGGCUUACUGAGAACAGGGCUCAACAGGUCGUGUACCCUGAGGACAUCGUUCCGUUGCCCGCUCGCGAAAAUCCUCUGCAGGGAUUUGCACAAGAGCUUGAUUCAGAGGACCUGGAGUAUUGGGUAGAAGUGGGGGAUUUAGGGCUGUUCUGGAACGAACUCGACAUUCCCUAA